ACGAAGAAGAAAGGAAGAUGGCGAGCACGCUGGAUGGUACGAGGCUCACAGUCAGCAAGACGGCCGAACGGCACUCUCGCAGGGCUGGCAAGCGGUGCUCGCCGACGUUAGACGCCAUGGUGUCGGUCGAGGUGGCCCGCGACAAGUCUCAGGACUCAACGAAGUCCACCGUCGCUAAGAGCACGCAGAUGCGGUCGGCUCAGGCACUGAGCUUCUGGAGCAUGUACUCUUCCGUCGCGGCGCACAUAAAUCCAACGCGCUACAUCACGGUGGCUGAUCUGGCGUGUGCGGUGGCCACCGUCCUGGCCAUUGCGGUGCUCAUACUGAGCCUCACCAUGUUCGUCAGCAGGCCCCCCAAUUCCGGCGUGGAGAACGUUGUCGUGAGCGGUCGCUUCGGUCGCGUCCAGGGACUCAGUCACAAGGUGUUCGGCUACAUGGACGUGUACGCCUUCCUGGGCGUGCCGUACGCUCACCCGCCUGUCGGAGAGCUGCGAUUCCGGCGUACCUUCACGGACUACAGCCUCGACGUCAGACAGGGCUUGCUGAUCGACGCGACUGGGCCCAAGCCGGCGUGCGUGCAGAGUUCCCCCGACAAGUCGUUGUCGGCGGUCUCGGAGGACUGCCUGCACCUCAGCAUCUGGACGACGUCGCGCGAGUGCAACUCUCACGACUGCGCCAACAAGGCCGUGCUCGUGUUUCUCCACGAUGGCUUCUUCCAGACGGGCGGCAACAGGAACCCUUUAUACGACGGAAAGUACUUGGCCGCAUACGGCGACGUCGUCGUCGUGCUGCCCAACUACCGUCUCGGGGCGCUUGGAUUUCUGAACGACGGCACCGGCAAUGCUCCCGGAAACGUGGGCCUGUACGAUCAGCUUCUGGCUCUCGAAUGGACGCGCCACAACAUCGGCAGCUUCGGCGGCAACGUCUCCAACCUCGUGCUGGUGGGCUACGGCGCGGGCGCAGCGGCUGCCGGGUACCUGCUCCUCAGCAGGGCGGCUGGCGUCGCCGACGCGGCCGUGGUGCCCCACCGAGCGAUCCUGAUGAGCGGCAGCCCGUUCACCAGAUACCCAGACAACACGAAGUUUAAAGGUCGCCGCGUGGUCGACCAGGCGAAAAGGUUGCGAUGCAUGAAUGGCUCCAGACCAGACAUCAGGUGCCUGCGUGCGAUAGACAAGGGGCUCUUCGCAAAGACGGCGGCUCCACCUCUUUUUUUCCCAUCGUUCACUGGGGUUAUUCCGUCUCCACCACGACAAUGGAUGCAGAAAAUGGAGCGCAUAACCGGCGUUGAAAUUCUGCUGGGGCACAUGGACGACGAGGGUCCGCUCGCCACGCUGUUUGCUCUCCUGGUCAUCGUACAGCAAGAACGACUUUCUGAAACGACGAGGGCCGCCACUACAAUCCUCGAGGCACUCAACAUAAGCGGCGACACCCUGAAGGCUGCUAUGCAUAAUUACGCGAAGGUUGACCACUUGGAAGUGACGGCCCUUACCAAGCUCCUGGCGGACCUGCUGGUGAUAUGCCCCGUGCGUGAUAUGGGCCGGCUGCUUGCCUCGGCCGGCAACAACCGUGUCUUUCGCUACCUCGUCUCUACAAACACAGAAGCCAAUGCCGUUGCGACCAAAGCAGGCGACAUGUUGCGACUCGUGUUCGGCGCACACUUUCUGAGACCUGUCGAAAUGGCCACUUGGCGCCACGCCAGCGAGGCCAUCAUCGCCUUUUGGACGCAUUUCGCCAGGACCGGGAGCGUCCCCAACUCGACCGAGCCGGGACAGGGCCAAUACAGGAUCACAAUUACUGCAGAACGGGAAACCAGUGUCCUUGACAUCCGGCGGGAGCAGUGCCAACUACUCAGCAGCCUCGGCAUCUGACGAUUCAAGUGUACCCCGUUCAAAUGGCGCGCGGACAAUUUACUUACACUACGCGUACAUACCCGCGAAAAGUAUUUUAUCACAUCCGCCCGCCACCCCACGAUUGCCUUACAUUUUUUAUUUCUUUGGCGAAUUGGUCAUUUGAAAUUUUUUUAUAUCUUGCAAUACUCUGCCGAUAGCGCACAAAUGUUAAAGAAUGCGCGGGUGGUUCACCGCAUAGAAAACCGAUAGCGAUUCUAUUAUUGUUCACCCUUGGUAUUUUGCGUCGGAAGUGAUUAUUGGGGACACCGUUUUUGGCAAGAUUACCCAUACAGACCACCGCGUGCAGUUAUAUGGCACCAAAGAACCCGGACUAGGCCUCUUUUUCUUUUGCGCAGCCUGUGUGGUGCAAGGUUUUGUGGACAUCACUGUGAAAUACAUCGAUUACUUGCUGUUA